UGGCCCACGCCCCACACCCCGCACAGCCCAUGAAGCAGGUCGACGCGUUUUGUGUCUUCCGCUUCUGCCUUCGUGUACGUGGAUCCAACCGAAGGCCGCUGGUGGCAGUGUUCUGGCUGGGGUCGAGGGUUUGAUUUCCUCUUUACAGUCUUUCCUCCUCUCAGACAUACCCACGGUCCUCCUACUUCAGUGACCUACUUACUCGCCUUCCUGCGGAAGCUUUGUGGGGUCGGAACCUUUGUGCAGCCGGAACUAAGGUGCCGUGCGGUGCUGGCAGCCGGAAGGCUGCAUAUAUAGAGGAAUACCAGUUUUCUGGCGGUCGAUCGGUGGAGUUCCGGUGAGAGUAUCGGCUAGCGAGCGCCUCAGCUUCAUUUCCUGAUAUGCACCGACCGAAUUUUCGACCCCCAACGCCUCCGUACCCCAGCCCGGGGAUAGGAGGCUGGGGUGGCGGAAGCAGCUUCCGGGGUGCCCUGGGCGGGGGGCCGCGGCCGCCCUCCCCGCGGGACGGGUACGGGAGUCCGCACCACACUCCGCCGUGUGGGCCCCGGGCUAGGCCGUACGGGAGCAGCCACUCUCCGCGGCACGGCGGCAGCUUCUCGGGGCCCCGCUUCGGGUCUCCGUCCCCGGGCGGCUACCCAGGCUCCUACUCCAGGUCCCCCGCGGGGUCCCAGCAUCAGUUCGGCUACUCCCCAGGGCAGCAGCAGACCUACCCCCAGGGUUCUCCAAGGACAUCUACACCAUUUGGAUCAGGGCGUGGUAGAGAAAAAAGAAUGUCUAAUGAGUUGGAAAGUUAUUUUAAGCCUUCAAUGCUUGAAGACCCUUGGGCUGGCCUAGAACCAGUAUCUGUAGUGGAUAUAAGCCAACAGUACAGCAAUACGCAAACAUUCACAGGCAAAAAAGGAAGAUACUUUUCUUAACUUUUCUGAAAUUCAACUGGAAGCUUCAUGUGUCAGGAACAUCUUGGACAGAACUUUACACAACUUGUACUUGUGUAAAUGAGUUGAACCCAAAGAUGAUGACUUUGGAUAAUGAAUGAUUAUCAGACCCUUGGGACAUCUCUAACUUUGUCAAGUAUUGUUGAUGUUAGAGGAGAUGAUAGGAUCAUUUGCAGGAUUUAGUUAUCUGGGAGUAUGUACCACAUUCAGAAGACCACAGUUUCCAUAGUUAACAUUUCUAAUAUAACACAUUUGUUUUUUCAGCUGUUUAAAAUAAAACAUUUUUGUCUUCCUAAUUAAA